AUGAACUUUUGUCGACGUAAUAAUAAUAAUAAUAAUUUCACGUGUCCAACUACAUCUGGUAGUCCAGGACAAUGUGUUAUCGGAAAAUUUGCUAAUAUAAGAGCAUCAGGUACUGGUGGAUUUGAUCAAACAUAUGAGACUGAUGUUAAACAAAGUACGAGUACUACUCAAUGUCUUGAUUUCUAUUACUAUAUCCCUGGUGCAUCAAAUAAUCCGAAAAUACAAGUAGGAUGGAAAGUAGGUGAAGACACACAACAAAUAAUCGAAUUGACACCACUACCAGAAAACAAAUGGCACAAUAGUCGACGUAGUUUUACAGCUCCUUCAUCAUCUUCUUAUCAACUGACGGUCAGAAUGAUACGUGAUGGAUCAAGUACCAGUCACUAUUUUGGUUUAGAUGAAAUCAAGAUCUAUGAUCAAUCUUGUGGGUCUAAUGUUACGACAACUAUACCUAUUGCAUCAACCACCAUUACUCACGCCAGUACAACGACUCGCGUAUCAUCCGAUAUGGCCACUACUAUAGUCACUACAACACCAAUUUUGUUUCCUGACACAAGUUCUCAGUAAGGAAAUGCAUGUCACUUAGAUCGAUCAGUCGUUAAAACAUACUUUUUAUAAAUGUAGAUCGUUGAAACCAGAUGAAGAAACAAGUAGUAUAACAACAACUCUAUUGCAAUAUGUACUAAUAUGAUUUUUGUCUGAUCUUAAGGCAUUUUGUUGUCAUGAAUAGAACAACUGACAUAGAUAAUACUAGAAAAAUCAUUGUCAUUACAAUAAGAUAUUCUAGAAUCUGUUGUAAUACCAAAGCUCACUUAUAAAUGAUUAGCUUACUUAUAUUUUAGUAGA